UAAUAUGUAGGUCAUUGGCCGAAGAGAUUGAGCUGAGCCAAACGUCUAAAUCCUCCAAGAAGCGAAAGUUGCACCAGAAGACAAAACAGAGGCAUAACAAGUCUAGGGAUGAGAAAGGAAAACCACCAAAAGUUAAAGUUAAUAAAAAACUAAGAAAACUUUACAAGAAACGUGCAGCGCAGUAUAAUUCUGAUGAUGAAUGAUAACGUGUUUCGGGUCCUGAUCCAUUUAAUGAGUCAUGUCUUACAACCUAUACUGCUGCCAUAUCCAACCCAAUUCAGCCACAUCUACGUAGUGACAUGAAACUCGGGUCGGGUCCUAUUGUUCAGAUCUCCAUAACAAGUAUCACUGGUCAUAGGAAAUCCUGAUCCAUAUGAUCUUGAGAGUGCCCGGCCAAAAACGAAAACGUUAAACAACAAGAACACGCAAACCCUGAUGGCCUGAUCUACAUCGGGCCCGUUCUCACCAAUUAGAUUUUAGGUUUGAGGGUAGAAGAGUAAAUGUCUCUUAAACCCUAUAACAAAACCAGAGCGUCCCGCUUCUUUCUCUCGGUUCAGUGUUCGCCGAUUGCGUAAGGAAUCCUCACUUGGGUCGUCGCCAUGGCGAGGAUCAAGGUUCACGAGCUCAGGACUAAGUCGAAGACGGAGCUUCUGAACCAACUGAAGGAUCUGAAGACCGAGCUCGCGCUGCUCCGCGUCGCGAAUGUCACCGGCGGUGAAAGGUUGUGAGGCUAUCGAUCGCACAGGUGCUGACGGUCAUCUCGCAGAAGCAGAAGGCAGCGCUUAGAGAGGCAUACAAGAAGAAGAAAUACCUGCCCCUCGACCUCAGGCCUAAGAAAACCCGAGCCAUCCGACGACGCCUCACCAAGCAUCAGGUCAAUGGCUGAAGAGAUUGAGCUGAGCCAAACGUCUAAAUCCUCCAGGAAGCGAAAGUUGUACCAGAAGACAAAACAGAGGCAUAACAAGUCUAGGGAUGAGAAAGAAAAACCACCAAAAGUUAAAGUUAAUAAAAAACUAAGAAAGCUUUACAAGAAACGUGCAGCUCAGUAUAAUUCUGAUGAUGAUGAUGAUGCUGAUGAUAACGUACUGACACAACCAGAAAGGCAUGAAAUGGAUAGGAUGUCUUUUUCUGAGCAGAAAGUUCAAUCAAUUGAGCAUUCUGAUGAUGAUGAUGGUGAUGAUAGCAACCAUAGUGAAAGGGAUGAGAACUCUGAUUGCCAAGAUGAGAAUGAUGCAUCUUCUGAAGAUGAUAGGCAUGAUUCUCACUCUGUUCUGAAAUUUUCUGAAGGUUCACAUGCAUUUCGGCGAGCUUUCUUGAAAAUCAUGCAGAAGAAUCAGUCAUCUGACUUACUGGGACCUGUCUUAUCAGGGCUUAAGAACUUGAUUGCAAAGAAGCUUUCUGAAGAAGAAGAAGAACAAAAGGUUAAGGUGGUAGCAAAGAAGGAAAGACACUUGAUAGCUGAAAAAGGCCAUGUGAAGCCUGAGAAGUUCUUGGACUCAAGAGAAAAGUUUCUGGUCAGUGUUGCCACAAAAGGAGUUGUCAAGUUGUUCAAUGCUGUAAACAAGGCUCAGGUUGCUCACAAAAGCAUGAGUAACUCCAAAUCAAAAGAUGCAAGAGAAGCAGGCAAGCGAAGCAAAGAAACCUUCCUGACAGAGCUACGAAAUGCUUCCAUGCCGACCACAUACAAUCCGUCUGCAGUCAAUACUGUUACGGAAGGCAAAAAUCUACCUAAAGAAAAUGCCAGUGAGCCAGGGUGGUCCAUCCUUCGUGACAGUUAUAUGCUUACUAAUCCUAAGUUGAAAGAUUGGAACAAAAUGCAAGACACUGCAGCUGUGAAUGAACCUGAUAAAGUUCCACUUGGUAGCUCUUCUGAUGAGGAAUGAUCCCUUGGUUGAAAUACGAGGUAAAGCAGGACAAUGUAGGAUGGAUCACAAGAUUGUGUUUAAAAAUAGAACAAUCUCCGAUUCCACGAUCACACAUGACAGUCAUUUGACUGCCACUUUGGGAUGAAAUGACUCGUUGUUUGAAGGACUUUGUAGAGCCGAAAUUUUUUGUUUCUGUAAAUCUGUUAAUGUCCUUCCAGAUAUGAUGGUACAUGGGGUCAGUGCAUCCAAUUGUAUUACUAACUGCACAAAUUAUGGUCAUAAUUUGUAGACCAUCAUUGUAAUAUCACAUCUAUAUGAGUCUUGCCUGCUUGUGGCAGACUUAUAGGGACUGGAGGAUUUUGAGAGCCUCAUGAAGCCGCGGCAGAUGCGUGAUACCCUUCUUCUUUCAUGCUUCUAGACUGGUGCCUGCAUCCAAGAAUGGAAGUCUGCUUCUCUCUCGAUGAAAACGAAUGUUGAUUGGGAAAUAUCACUCUUAAUUUUCAAGUAGUUAUAUUUUUGUAAGAUUUUGCUUAAUGAUAGUUCAUUACGCAAGUUUUGUUGCUACAAUCUUGUAGAUUUUAUGUGGUUAAUUAACAUUGAUUCGUGGACUUGAUGAGGACAA